AUGACAGCCGGGACCGUGGUCAUCACAGGUGGAAUAUUAGCGACUGUCAUUUUACUCUGUAUCAUCGCCGUCCUCUGCUACUGUAGGCUCCAGUACUACUGCUGCAAGAAGGAUGAAUCCGAGGAGGACGAGGAGGAGCCCGACUUCGCCGUGCACUCGCACAUCCCUCCGCUGCACUGCAACCGCAACGUAGUGCUGACCAACGGCCCCUCGCUCUACUCCUCAUCCCCCUUCGCCAAAAAACCAGCCCAGAGCCGGCCCAGCUGCCCCAGCUGCACCCCCUACGAGCCCCCAACCUCCUUCCUCCAAGAACCCCCGGAGCCCCCCGAGGAGCUGCACAACGGGGGGGACAGGGUGAGCUACAAGACGGUGAGCCAGGAGGACCUGGCGCUGCCCGUGUCCAACCUGCAGGCGCUCAACCCCAACCGGCUCUCGGCCAUGCGGGAGGCGUUCUCCCGCAGCCGCAGCAUCAGCACCGAUGUGUGA